AUGACAUCCAACCAUUCAGUAGCAUCUUUUAAGCAUCUAGUGCUGCCUCUCUUUCUGCUUUUUAGUUUUGGAGUAUUUUACACUUACUACAAGUUCACUAUGAGCUGGUUAUCAUGUCCUAAUGCUUCAGUCAAAACACAAGUCUGCCCCGAAGACCACACCACGGGUACUCACAACUACACUUUAGUAAAGCCGCAAUUACCACAAUUACCAGUCACUAAACCACCUGCCGGGGAAGAAAUCCAGGAGAAUCAUGACAAUGACAUCAUCAUGUUAAUCUGGACCUGGCCAUUUGGAUUUAAAUUUGAUGUAAACGCCUGUAGCCCAAAGUUUGGUAUUACAGGAUGUCAGAUUACAGAUGACAGAAGCCAAUAUGACAAAGCCGAUGGUGUUCUGUUUCAUCACAGAGAUAUCGGUGAUGAUAUUGCAAACCUGCUAAGCAAGCCGAGACCUCCAUAUCAAAAGUGGGUGUGGAUGAACAUGGAGUCUCCUGAUAAUUCAGGCAGACAAAACUGGCUAGAUGAUGCAUUUAAUUUGACAUCAAAUUAUCGGAGAGAUUCCGAUGUCUGGGUGCCUUAUGGGAGAAUCAAAAAAACAACGGGGAAAGAUAAAACCUUUGAAAUACCACCAAAAGAUAAAAUCGUCUGCUGGAUCGUCAGUAAUUGGAACCCCAACUUUAGGAGAGUGAAAUAUUUUAAUGAACUCAGCCAGCACAUUAAAGUAGAGGCUUACGGCAGAGCCUUCAACAGGUACGUCAGCGAUGAUGAUUACAACAAGAUUUUACCAAGCUGUAAAUUCUACUUAGCGUUCGAGAACUCCAUCUACCAGGACUACUUCUCUGAUAAGCUGUUUGACCCCAUGAAAGUCGGCACCGUUCCUGUGGUUAUUGGGCCACCCAGGGACAACUAUGAGGAGUUCAUUCCUGCAGAUUCAUUCAUUCAUGUGGACGAUUUCGAAUCUCCUCAAAAACUGGCAGAAUAUCUCACGUUUCUGGACCAGAACAAGGAGAAGUAUGAGCAGUACUUCAACUGGAGAAAAAUUUUCAUUGUUGAAGGUUCAUUUUUCGGUCUUGAACAUGCUUGCCGAAGUUGUAAUUAUAUAAGAAGCUACCAGGGCUACAGAGUAUUUAAAAACAUCAAUAAAUGGUACUGGGGUUAGCUAGCCACUGGAAAUCCAACCGUUCUUCUAAAAAUGUCAUGAGGAGUUUUUCCCAACCAAGAAACUUGAUCUAAUUUUCAGAACAUAGUUAUUGGUUAUUGCGGUCUCAGGCUGUUUGUGUGGAAUUGUAUUCGUUUUUG